AUGUUCUCAAGUUUGUUUUUGAUCUGCAAUUGGGGACCUCCAAAUGUGGAUUCUAACGAACUCUUAAGCAAGAUACUAGAGUUAGAAAAUAAACCAUCAUUUAUUGAAGGCAUGAACGAUAAUUUUAGUGAUUUUGAAAGCCACUUCAACGUUGAUAAGUCAGUCACAGGAACAGAAAGUACGCUAAGAGAAUACUCGUUUUUCAAAUGUUCAAUUACCAUUUCAGGUACUACUACAUUUUCAAGCAACUAUGCGUUUGGCGCUUCUACAGCAUCUGGAUCUGGCGGUGCUCUUCACUUGUGCCAAUCAGUAAUUACCAUUUCAACAUAUAAAGGAACGGAUCAAAUUAAAUUCAUAAAAAAUCAAGCUGCCGUUGGCGGAGCUAUAUGCUUAGUUUCAUCAGCAGGCCUAAUUUACUCUUCUACUUUUGAAGAUAACAACGCUUAUAAAUACGGCGGAGCAAUUUAUUUCCAAGGCUGCUUCCAGAAGUCAGGUUCCAGUGAUUAUGUAAUAGCUCCACAAGUUACAUUGAUAGGCUCUGGUGUUACAUUUUUAAAAAAUACUGCAGGUGAACUUGGAGGUGCCCUAACAAUUUCAUUUGCAGCCAGUGUUUUCUUUGAAGACACUACGUUUAACAAUAACAAAUGUUCCUUUGCUGGUGGUGCAAUAUCGUCAGGUAAUUGCGAUGACCUAAGGCUGUUCAAAUGCAAAUUCCACCAUAAUAUUGUAGAUGCUGUCCAAUUCAAACCUAUGUUCAAUUUCACUAGGUAUCAUAUGGCUGUUAGAAAUACUGAUAUAAAUAAAAAAAUACCAACUCGCUUCAAAGGAAGAGGUGGUGGUGCUAUCAGUUUCACUUCCGAUGCAAAGAAAGGAGGUCUCGCACCAGUUUACCAAAAGAGACUCCUUAACACACGCUACUGCUGUCUAUACCAAGACACAGCAACAUCCACAGGCCAAACAUUCGGAAACGGUGCUGCCCAUGAACUUCUCUUAGAAGGAUAUACCCAGUGGAUUUCUGAUGGUGACUUUGUAUCUGGAUUUAAUAAUGAAGAUCCAGCUUACAAGGAAAAGUCACAAUACGUUUCAUUUGCUGGCAGAGAAAUAGAUUUCAAUGUCACAGGUUAUCAAGUUUAUAAUUUCAGAGGAGGAACAUCUAUCGCUGAAGAUAUUUGCAGUGGCAUUUCUUCCUCUUCAGUUAAUAUAUCUAAUGAAAGUACAAUUGAAUAUGCCAGGACAAGUAAUAAGGGUGAUGAUUUAAUUACCGGCUAUGUUCCAUCACCAUCUAACUACACCUAUGUUGCUACACCAAUUACAAGAAUACCUAAAGCAACAACUAAAAAUCCGAGUAAAAAGACAACAGCCAGAACAGCUAUUACUGAUGGACAAGGAACCAAAGAUAUUCCUACAUUAUUAACAGCAUAUACAGUACUUCCAGGUAUGAAAUCAUUCACAGUUUACUCACCUCUGCCAAUCCGUACAAUGUACUCAACACCACAUUCAACUCCACACUCUACAGCUCAUUCAACUCCACAUUCCACAGCUCAUUCAACUCCACAUUCCACAGCUCAUUCAACUCCACAUUCCACAGCUCAUUCUACUCCACAUUCCACAGCUCAUUCUACUCCACAUUCCACAGCUCAUUCAACUCCACACUCUACAGCUCAUUCUACUCCACAUUCAACACCAUUCAAGACUGCACACGUUACUCCAUGUGAUACAAAGUUCAUCACUCCUUUCCAGACUCCACAUUCCACAGGCCAUUCUACUCCACAUUCCACACCACACUCAACUCCACACUCCACAGCUCAUUCCACACCACAUUCUACACCAUUCACCACAGCAUUCGCUACAGCCCACAACACUCCAUUCGAUACACCACAGAGAACUCGUCCACCAACACCUGCCUCAAUUGUCACUCCACGUUCUGGCAAGACAUAUUCAUCAACAGAGACAGUCAUCGUUUCUUACACAUCUACUGUUACAACUCUUAAGUCUGGUGAUGAAUACUUCGAUGGUUCUACAUAUGUUGUUGUUUCAACAGAAGGCGAAUACACUGUUUACUCUGUUACAUCAGUUACAACAGUUGUUUUGUAUGGAGAAACAGAUGUCAUUGUCUCAGAAGAGACAAAGAAGAAGAACAAUAACGUGUGGCUCUACGUAGGUAUCGGUAUUGGUGCAUUCGUGUUCUUACUUGUCCUUGCCCUCAUCAUCUUCUUCGUCUUGGCCAAGAAGAAAGACAGCGACUCUGAAACAUCUGCCGUCGAAAUGGCUGAAGAAACAGUCAUGCAGGUACCUGACAGCACUUCCGCACCAAUCACCAAUGAUAACCCAUUGUGGACUACAUCUGUUAUGGGAGACACAGAUGAUCCAUUCAAGAACGAUUUCGAAGAAGAUCUUGCACAAGGAUUCUUCGGUCUCGCAAACAGAGAUUACGAGUAA